AUGCUCCUGCAAGGGUCUUCUGGGUGUGUUAGAGGGGAGGUGGUCAGUGCUUUAGCCUCACUGCUUCAGCGUGAUCAUUCUCAUGUGCAGCAGGCUGUGGACAAGCUGGUAUCAGAGCUGCAUCAGGACCAGAACGGACUAGUCAGGACCAUGGUGAAUGACCCUGCAUGCGAGGACUACAUACGGACUCUUUGUGAUUUACUCAGAACAUCAGACGUGCGGCUAUGCAGCAACACUGUUUAUAUCUUGGGCUCACUGGCUGAAAAUAAGUUGGGAGCAAAGCAUCUUCUAACAAUGCUCCGAAGGCCUAAUUCUGAAAUUAAGCAUCUUCUUGGCACACUCGGUUCACUGCUGAAAUGGGAUGAUGCUGAAGCAGUUAUGAAUGCAGCAGGAACACUAGGUACUCUGGCUGAAACAAGCGAAGGACGUGAGUGGCUGUUGAAUGACCAUAAUGUGGACAGUAUUUUGGAAAAUGUAACAGCGCUGUUGGCUUCAACCAGCAGCUGGACUGCUAGCAAUGCUGCCCUGGUACUGGCAAGGGUGACAAUCUCUGAGUCUGGUUGUAGGACACUUCUGGGGCACCCCAACUCUGAAAAUACCUUGCGCAAGCUGAUUAAUUCACUCAGAGUGGAUGAAGCAGGCUGUGGGAUGAAUGCAGCUUUUGCCUUAGGUCGCCUGUGUGACACAGAUAUUGGCCGAAGACGAAUACUUGCUCUAUCAGAGGCAUCAAAUCUGAUUUCUGCCUUGGAAAAUAUGAUUGCUGGUGGAGAUGCAGGCGGGAGCAGGAAUGCUUGUUUUGCCCUCAGUUGUCUGGCAGCGGAUAGGCAUGGCCACAGGCAUGUUAUGCAGAGUGCUGUGCUGCCAACGCUACUGAAUACCCUCUGCCACUUGCUACAGGCCGAAGACGCUGAAUCCAUCUGGUUUGCUGCAAUGACAAUCCGAGUGUUGUGCUGUCAGCCACAAGGUGUGGUGAAGCUCAGAGAUGUCCCUGGAUUGGAAGCUCUUCUAAAGAAGUUGGCUACUUCUGCGUCUGUUGGGAAAGAAGUUUUGGAAGAAGUGAACCUUUCUCUAAAGAAACUUCAGCGUCUAUGCAAACCUAAGCCCCCACAAGCUGAAGAGUUGAAUACUGGUUCCAUCAAAGUAAUUUGGGAGGAAGUCAAACCAGAGAGUGAUCUAGACGUCACUUACAGCCUUCAUGAUGGCACAGACCUUUUGUACACAGGACCACUCCUCACCUACACAGUCACGGAUGCAAAGUUAGGUGUGGAAUAUCUCUUCAGACUUGGUGUUUCUACUGAGGGUGACAACAGUCCUCUGAGUGAUCCCACUUGUGUAACUAUAGAGAGAUCACUGCCCAGCUGUCCACUAGAUUUCAGAGUCUUAGGCUGUACAACAACACAAAUAAAACUGGGUUGGAGCCCUCCAGAAGAAUCUAAUACGACAAUCAAGUGUUACAACCUCUAUAAAGGAGAGACUCUUGUCGAUUCAACUUCUGAGAUGAGUUAUAUAAUGACCAGCCUCACACCAUUAACAGUUUACACUUUUCACGUCUGUGCAUGCACAAGCCAAGGAAGGGGAGAGAAAGCUUCUCUUGUAACUCAGACUGCUGACCCAGGAAAUCAUGCCCCUAGCAAGCUGACUGUUAAUGUGCUUGGGCGAAGUGAGAUCUUCAUUACCUGGGAUGUUCCACAUGUGCCUUUGGGGCGCUUCUUCAACUAUGAGCUUACAAUGAAUGGGAAGGUAAUUUAUUUAGGCACAGAGCGUGCCUUCACUGUCAGGUGGCUGUCUGCAAAUACAGAGUAUACAUUUGUAGUAAGUGCCAUUACCAGUGAGGGAAAAUUUGAAAGCAAGACAGUGACAAAGAGAACUGCAAAGGAUGAAUAUGAAAACAAAUCCAAGUAAGAUGUUUUAUUGUUUUUUUGUAUGAAUUUGUGCUCAUGUGCAUUUAUUUCUUUGCUGAAAUGUAACAAAUAUUAUUGCAUGAUUAAAAAAAAAAAAAAAAAAGACGACAGAAAGCAUGAUCCAGUGUGUGUCCUAUAACAAACUAAAUC